UGCAUACACAAGUGCAGCCCAGCUCUACACAUGAAUCAUAAGGCACAAAGAAAUGUGACCAAGACAAAAAGGAGCACCGUCCUUGAUAGGUAUGGUCAGGAAGGACUGGGCUUCCCAAAACAGCAUUGCCCUCUCAUGGCAAGAGCCUGAUUUUCCUAAUGGAGCCAUUCUGGACUACGAGAUCAAGUACUAUGAGAAAGAGCAUGAGCAGCUGAGCUAUUCCUCCACAAGGUCGAAGGCUCCAAGUGUUAUCGUCACAGGCCUCAAGCCAGCCACCAAGUACAUAUUUCAUAUCAGAGUCAGGAGCGCAACAGGAUACAGCGGCUAUAGCCAGAAGUUUGAAUUUGAAACUGGAGAUGAAACUUCAGAUAUAGCUGCAGAACAGGGACAGAUCCUGGUCAUCGCCACAGCUGCUGUUGGUGGAUUCACUCUCCUAGUCAUUCUCACUCUGUUCUUUCUCAUCACUGGAAGGUGCCAAUGGUAUAUAAAGGCCAAAAUGAAGUCUGAAGAAAAAAGAAGAGCUCAUUUGCAAAAUGGACACUUGCGAUACCCAGGAACCAAAACAUAUAUUGAUCCAGACACGUAUGAAGACCCAUCACUUGCUGUUCAUGAGUUUGCUAAGGAGAUAGAUCCAUCAAGAAUUCGAAUUGAGAGAGUUAUUGGAGCAGGUGAAUUUGGAGAAGUAUGCAGUGGUCGCUUGAAAACACCUGGAAAAAGGGAGAUUCCUGUAGCCAUAAAAACAUUGAAAGGUGGAUAUGUGGAUAGACAACGACGGGAUUUCCUUCGAGAAGCUAGCAUCAUGGGACAGUUUGACCAUCCAAAUAUUAUCCGCCUUGAAGGAGUUGUUACAAAAAGAUCCUUCCCGACCAUUGGGGUGAAGUCUCUUUGCCCGAGAUUCCUGAGGGAAGGAUUGUUAACUAACAUUCCGGCCCCACAUCCUCUGACACGGGGAGGAUCUUUGCCUCCCAGGAUUUCUUCUGGCAGACCUGUAAUGAUUGUGGUUGAAUACAUGGAGAAUGGAUCCCUGGACUCCUUUCUACGGAAGCAUGAUGGCCACUUUACAGUCAUCCAGCUUGUUGGCAUGUUGCGUGGAAUAGCUUCUGGCAUGAAAUAUCUCUCAGAUAUGGGCUACGUACAUCGAGACCUAGCAGCUCGGAAUAUUUUGGUCAACAGUAAUCUCAUGUGUAAGGUCUCUGACUUUGGCUUAUCACGCGUAUUAGAGGAUGACCCCGAAGCAGCUUAUACAACAAGUGGUGGAAAAAUUCCUAUCCGAUGGACAGCUCCUGAAGCUAUAGCCUACAGAAAGUUCUCUUCAGCAAGUGAUGCAUGGAGUUAUGGGAUUGUGAUGUGGGAAGUGAUGUCAUAUGGAGAACGGCCAUACUGGGAAAUGUCUAACCAGGAUGUCAUUCUGUCCAUAGAAGAAGGUUACAGGCUUCCUGCUCCCAUGGGAUGCCCAGCUUCUCUCCACCAGCUAAUGCUUCAUUGCUGGCAAAAGGAAAGGAACCAUCGGCCGAAGUUCACUGACAUUGUCAGCUUCCUAGAUAAAUUGAUACGCAACCCAAGCUCUCUUCAUACGCUAGUGGAGGAUGUACUUAUAAUGCCAGAUUCACCUGGUGAAAUUCCAGAAUAUCCUUUCUUUGUAUCAGUCAGCGAUUGGCUGGACUCAAUAAAAAUGGGCCAGUACAAAACUAACUUCAUGGCAGCAGGGUACACAACUAUGGAUCUUGUUUCAAGAAUGACUAUUGAUGACAUUAGAAGAAUUGGUGUUGUACUUAUUGGACACCAGAGACGAAUAGUGAGCAGUUUACAGACUUUACGAUUACACAUGAUGCACAUACAGGAAAAAGGAUUUCAUGUAUGAAAAUACUAGAAGUGACUGUGUUUUGUGCCUCAGCAUUUCUAAAAUGGAAGAUACCCUUAUUCCUUCUUUCUGCUCUUCCCAGCUUCAGGAACUGCAACUUCCUAUUCAUACUAUAAACACGUAAAGUUUAUGUUAAUACUUCCAUCUCGGAAUUUUAAAACCACACUGGAUAGUUUCUCCCUCAAUUAAUUGCUAAUAUCAUCCCGGCCCACUUCAAGACUGUGGCUAUACAAUGGUGAAUAGCUCAGCAUGGAUGUGAAACUUUGUAUAACCGUAAAAGUAUUCGGAAAACUUUCAUUGACUUCCUUGAAAAUUAAAGCCUUGGUGGCUUAGAGUGGCUACCUUCUUGAUGUAUUAGAAUUUGAUGGUAGAUUACAAAAAAAAGUAAUUGAUAUUUCUUUUCAUGUUUUGUGACCAUUUAGCUUCCAGUAUAAAAUGUGCAAUCAAGAAAAAGAGUUUGACAUAAAUAUUUAUUUUAUUGUUAACUAAAUUCCAAAUAUAUAGGUUGUAUUGUUAUGUUUACUUUGUAAUAGUUGAAUUGCUGGUAUGGAAGUUGUAAGAAUUCUUGGCCAAAUGAACAAUGACAACUUAGUGCUUACUUGUACGUGUGAACAAGCUGAAGUGUUGGAAAGGAUAAAAGGCUGUCACAUUUUUGUGAUGCCAAGUGUUAAAAUUUAUUUGUUUGGAUAUCAAGUUCAGAGUAAUUACUUGCAAAAUUAAUUUAAUUAUUGAGUAGCUUACUGUUACUCAUUUAUUUAAAAAUCUUCUGUAUAUGUCUCUAUAUAAUGAAUUAUCCCCACCGGUUGUUUCGAACAACAUGCAAUAGAUAAUUGUUAUCAGCUGUUCUGCACAAUGAAGUUAUGCAGAAUUUAUGAUUAGAACUUUGUACUCCUGCUUCACACUCUAAAACAUUUAUUCUUUCCAUCACAGGAAAUCUUUCUUUAACUAUGGCAGUUUUAUUGUGGCAUACUUAUUUUCGGUAGGCCAACCAAUAUUUUAAUUUAAAAACAAAACAUUUAAAAGACAUUUUCAAAAUACAAUUCUAUGGAAAAUGUCACUUUUACUGCUUUUUCCCCCCUGUCUUGGGGCUAUUGUCAUCUUUCCCUGCUUGCUUUGCUGCAUCAUCCAAUCAACAGAAAUGGGAGAGCAUUUUAGUGACUUUCACUUGCAUUCAAGCAGAAUCAUGCUAUUAUCCAUCAAUGAGCAAUGGGCACAAAUUAUCAGUAUAAUGCAAAAAAAGGGGGUUGGUAACAUAGGCUAGAGAGAGAGGAAAUAGCUGUGUCAACCAACAUCUAUUGAUAAGACAGACCAGACUGACAUACAGAAAUUGAGUUAAUUUAUCAGGCAUCGGAUACUUUAGAUACUUUAGUCCUUCCAGUUAUAAACUAGUAAUAGCCAUAUAAAAAUAUACCUAAAAGUAAAAGCUCUAAAAUAUCUGUACCUCUACAAAACUUUCAUAGAUCUACUGGACUACAUCAUCCAGACUCUGCAUGGGAUAUAUAUGCUGCUCUGUACAAGAAAUGAGCACAUCUGCAUGCUCUGAAGGCCAUGCACAAUUACACAUAUCUCACAAAUAGGGACAGUGCAAUGCAUUUAUACUGUUAUUAUGUAGCAAUACUAUAUACUCAAACAUUUGUGAUAUACAAUAGGAGUGGAUAUGAACAGCAUGCAAACAAAAGAGACAUAAGAUGAAUUUAACCAUGCAAGAAUGCCACGGUUCUUACCACUUAAGAGUUUACAGUGAAUAGUUUCAAGGCUAAAGCUAUUCAAAGGCAAUGUGUGUUAAGCAGACAGACAGAUAAGCAGACUAGCAGACAAAAGAACAUCUUCUAAGACAGCUGAUCCUUUCAACUACCAUUGUGUCAGUAGACAGGUCUACAUGGCUUGCAAUCAUUAAUAUCUUAUUUAUUUUUCUAUUGCUGAAAUUCAGUAUAAUUCAACUGUAAUUCAAAUUUUGCUACCUUUUCCUUUUUAAGCCAGUAAAAAGUUUUUAAAAAGCCAGAAUGUAAUUGAUCAAAAUGCAUUGAAUAGAUGCUAAUAUUUUGAGAACCUGUUUGCAAGUCCAACAGAUUCAAGUUCAUUCAUAUAAGCACACUCCAAUUUGGCAUGUGAGGUCAUGUUUGCAGGAUCGCAAGAAACAUACUUUGCUUUCAAAAUUAUUUCUGGGGAAAAUGCUAAUUUUAUGGUUUGUUGGGGAGGUUGCUCUUUAUGUAUUAUGGGAAAGCAGCCAUAAAGUAUAUCUUUCUUUUUCUUUUGGACUUGCCAUAGCUGUGGUGUUCAUUCUUUUAUGUCACUCCUAAUAGGCUUGCUAGUAAGCUUUCAGAGCUCUGUUGAAAUCCUAGACUGUAGAUAAGUGCCCUCAAGCAACAAGGCAUGUGCUGGUCAGGCAGAGUCACUAUGAAGAGGCUUCAUGGAUGUUUGUUUGGUAAAGUCCCUUUGAAUAUUAGUAAGGUGGCAAAAGCCUGGAAUACCAUUUACAAAGGGACAAAAUUUUGCUUAACCAGCAAAAAAAAAAAAAAAAGAUUCCUUUUUUAAAACCUGCAAUGAUACCAUUUUUACCUGGUGUGGAUUUUGUGUCUGUUCAGUAGAUACUAUAUGAGAGCCCUUUUAGUAAUUUAAUCUUGAUAGAUCUGAAAUGGGGCACCUACCGAAUGCUUCUAAGUUUCUAUGUUCACCUGGAGGUGCUUCACAUUUGAAAGGAACUUGCACACAGAGCUGAUAAUUUUUUGCUGUCCAUGUUCUGCUUUCAACAUCACAAAGAGCAAGUGCAGAUAGGCAUCUAGCAGAAAGGGGAGUUUUGGCAACAUCUGAAACCACUGAGCAGAGAAGAUUUCUUUCAAGAUGUAUUUAAAUCUGAGGUACACCUAUAUCGUAAGGACUAAAACUACUUGCAAGCACUCAACUUUUGUUAAAAUUACAUGGACCAGCCCUUCCACAAACAUAAACGUGCGCAUCUAUACCUUUCCAUUUGUAUGGCUGAAAAGUUGCAUGUCAUACAUUCCUCCAUGUAGUUACAAUAUAUGAACAAUUUGUUUCCAGAUUUAUCACUCAAUGGAAAUAUAUAUUUUCAAUAGAAAAUGAUAGAUAAAAUCACAGUAUAAACAUUUAUUAAAUAUAUUUUUAUAAUCAUCUAAAGAAAGUGAAAAGGUAUGAAGUCUUUAAUGUUAUCUUGGUUAAAGGUCGUUAAAAUCUUCUCCUGGAUUUUUGUUUUUGUUUGUCUUUUUGUUUUUGCUGUGUAUGAAUGGUUCUGAGUUUAUUUGUUUUUCUCCUUGUUUUGUCCUUAAGAAUGCCCUUAAAAUACAAUUUCCAAAUUUUUAAGCUGUAUAUUAAGAGGGUGUUUCAUAUGUUUAUUCUCUGAUAGGAAUAUCUCUUAGUAUGUGGUAUAAAUACAAAUUGCUGUCCCUUCAAGUAUAUGCAAUUUUUACAAAAUAAUAUAUGUGGAUCUUAUAUGUAUGUACAAAACAUCUCCCAAUUCUACCCAAAUGGAUUCACUAUUCAGCCGAAAGCUAUGUGAUUUUUGCAGACACAUAGAAUUUAAUUAAAUAGAUAUACCAUUUUUUUCUGGAAAAUAUAAACUGAAAAGGCAAGUCAGUGAAUAGUGAAUAACUUCUCUUUAAAAUAUUUAGAAAAUGGGAAUAUAUUCAAAGUCAAUUUAAAACACUGAAAUAAAUGGUGACUAAUUGAAAUUGUAUUUUAUUCCUCGUGGCGGGCUGGAUCAUGAUGACUUGUUGAUAUGAUGAUAGGUUCUAAUGUGUACAGUGAUAUCCUGCAGGAGGUAUAUUUUAUAUUAGAUCUUUUGCAUUCAGAUUUUUUGUCUUUGCUGAAAAGAAGUGAGAAACCAUCCUGGGAGAUAAAACUAGAUGCCUAUGCCAACAGAAAUAUGAUGAAUAGUGAGGCAGCCUGCAAAGUUCUGGUGACACAGAAAUGCAUAUGCUCUCAUUCAGUCUCACACAUACAUACACUCACUGUUGAAUGCCAUCUUCUGUUUUAGCAGGAGUGUGCAUAAUGUCUACAGACCUAAAACGCCAGAAUAUUAUUCUUGAGGUCUUGGGCCAAGAUCCAAAGGGGUUGUUUCACAGAUGGAGCUGUUUCUUUUAACAGAAUCAAGAGAGAGCACAUCUCUCUUUCCUCUGUAGCUCCCAGAGGAAACUAUUCAGAAGAGGCCUUCAUGACUGCACAAAGGAGGGGAACAAAAUCCUAUCUUACUAGUGGUUGGCCACUGGUAUGAUUUUGAAUUUAAGUCUUGUUAUUGUUAUGGAACAAACAAUAUUGUUAAAGUACAUGGGAGGAGAAUCAACUAACUGUGGAUUUUUUUUUCUGACACGGAUACCAAAAUGAAUGAAAAUAUGGUACAGGACAAGAUUCUUUCAGAGUUGGACACUUUGUAUGGUUUAACAAAGUUCAUUUUUGUUCCCAUAUUUAGCAUAUAUGGAGGCUGCAUGAAAGGCUUAUUAGGAGAUAUGUAUGGAUCUUCCAUUUCCUGCCAUCUUCCCUUUCUAGUUGGUGAAGCAUGACUAACCUCAUAAAACAAUCUGUCUAAGGAUAAAAGAGGCAUGGUCAGCUAUCUUAUGAUGAACCUAUGUGUGUGGACAAUAGGAAAUCCAGAAUCUCUUUCACCCUGUAGAAAUCCCUUCAUACUUUGCUACUGCACUUGUUGCGCAAAUUCUGGAACACCCGAAUCCCACUGGGUUUCGCCUUAGGAACAUGGUAUUGAGGGUGAACCCUGAGCCAGCCUAGGAAGGGGACAAAAAUUAGCAUGGGUCAAGGACCAUCCUCCCAAGGGAAGCAUAGACAUACCAGAGCUUUUCAUUUGCAAAAGGAGCAACUUUAUUGAUAACAUCAAAUGUUUUAUAACAUCAGUUUGGUAUACACACUUGUAAAUCAACAGCACAUGAACAUGAAAAGUUUUGAUUGCCAAUAUGGUUACAAAAAAUGUUCUGGUCAAUGAGAAGAACAGAAAAACAGGCUAGAAACGUUGCAACCUACAACAAUAGGGGCCUGUAGAGCUAAUGAGAAACACUUGCAACUUUAGGGUAUACUGAAUUGCUUCUCACAGCUGUUUCCUGCAAAACCUGCUCUCUUUGUCUCAGGAUUUAGGUAGAGAACCAGUAGAAAUGAGGGUGAGAACAGUCUCAAAGAUGGCUAUGUUAUGGUUCCCCAAGCCCUGUCUGAGCCUGGCUGUAAAUCCUGAAAGAAGUGGGUUUAAAUCAGCAGAUAGAUCUAACCUUAGAUUCUGUUUCCAGGUUCGCUGUCCAUGGUUCUGAAUUUUAGCCCUCAGCUAACAGGGAAGGGAACUAGCUUAAUUUCACUUUUUUUCCCUUCACCUUUAAGUAGAGAAGGAUCAUUUUCAUACUUUCCUUUGUGUUGAACAUGAUGUAUUUAACAUAAGAGUUACUGUUCAGUGACUGUAGAUUAAAUGCAGCAGAUGAAGCAGACAAAAUAUUUACCUGUGCCAGGCUGCAAACCUUCAAAAUUGGCCAACAAUUGUAAGAAAAGCCCAAGCAGAAUUAACCUAAAACCUUUACUUUCUCAUUUUGGACUGGCAUUUCUUGCAAAACUGCUGCUCCAGGAGUAAUGAUUAACUGUUUUCAGGUAUUCUUUGUUCCCAGAAUGAAGAACCUUGAGGUCUUGGGUAUGGCAAAAUGGCUGGGGGAACUGCUUGGUGGCUAGGACUAAUAGUUCUAGCAUUUGACCUGGUAUAAAACAGCUUUGCAUGGACUGGACUCUUCAGACAUGUAAAAAGGUGGGAAACAUGAAGUUAUUUAUUUUGUGACCAGUGUUUCCCCAGUCCUGUUUUUAAAAUCCCUUUAGGGCCACUUGCCAUAUUACGUUUAGAAUAAAAACUAAAUGUAAGGUCUCAGGACCACUUGCAAAAGACAAUAUAUGUUCAUAAACUGAGUUAAAGGUUAUUUCACUGUCCACUACCAUGGUUGUAUAAUGCACAUACAUUUUAAGGUUGUUGUUCCAAAAGAUAAAGAAGCCCACAAUUUGUACACAGUUAUAUAAACAAUUUUAGA